AUGCAUUGUCUUAUAAUCUUCUCAAGUCCAAGUGAAGAGUCAUAUGGAUGGGGAUUGGAAUGGAAAGACACCUUAGUAAGCUAACAAAAAUUCGACAAACGCAGUUAAUGACCAAAACAUUAAGAUCACUGUAGAUCAUUCGAUGAGGAAAAAGCAUAUAAAAUACAGAAGAUUCACACCUCUUAUUCAGGGACGUGUAUGAUCCUAAAGAUAAUGGCUGAUAAAAGUUACCUUCAAGAUCUAUAGAAAGCUCUAGAGUCCUCAGAGCCCAAAUUUCGACACUUUCAAACUCCAACCUCCAAGCCUUCACACACUCACAAGCAUGCUACAGCACAAAUUACACGUGAGGAGACACUCUAUCGACUUCAAAACAACCUUGCAAAUUUCCAAGCCCGCUCAACUGACAUCUUCUACGUCUUGAAACACCUCGACGGCAAAUAA